UGAACUUUGUCCUGAGAGUCAGGCGUCAACAAGUGUAGUUGGUGACGGGGUCCAGGAGCGGAGCCAGUCAGCCGUGACAGUGACAGGCACUGGGAACCAUGUCAAUGACUGUUGGAGAGGUAGCUCGCUCUCCAGACCAGCUGUGCUCGCUUCCAGAACGCCCGCUGGAGCUACCUGCGGCGGCCAUUCUAGUGAGAGACAUGACUAACAUCAGCAGGGGAGGAGGGAGAGGAGAUGGAGGUCGCAAGCAACAUGUGGUCCACUGCAAUUCGGAGAGUCUUCGUCUCCAAGGAGACGAGCUGAUUCACCAUGGGAACAGGGAGAAGAGAGAUGGAGGAUUAAGUGGAGAAAGAGUUGGUGGAGGAGAGGAGUCCAGGUGGCAGGUGCUGACUGGAGCCAGUCUGUUGCGGCAGCAGUGGGCCAGACACACACAGCCAAAGGUUCACCUCUCAGAGACGGAUGAUGAGGAAGGUACAGGGAGAGAGAGCCACAAGAGAGAAAGCUGCUCUAGUCCAGCGAACAAGACCAGCCCCCAGCUGGAGAGAGGUCCUGCCAGGUCCUCUCCUGAUCCAGUGCCCACUGAGACCCCUCCCUCGCGGACCCACCGAUCCCACCAGCUCCUCAAGACACACAGUAUGGGCAGCAUCAGCAGCGAGAGCCUCACCAUCAGCUCCCUGUGGGACACCCCGUCCUACGACACCGUCCCUGACUUCCUGUCCAGUCUUGGAUUUGACGACUUUGACAGUCCGGAGCUCAUUCCAGACAGGUUCAUUCCUCCUGAGCUGGAAUUUGUGAUGCCUUCCCUGAUGCGCCAGUCAACUCUGGGCUCAGUCAGUGCAGAUGGUGUGCUGGUUGACCUGUCUCCUCCAACAGACAACCUAUUGCUGGGAGCCUCUGCUGACUCUGUGGUGGAUGACAGCUCUGCCGGGCAGAGUCUGCUGGAAUCUGCUCUCCCUCCUCACACCCUGGCUCUCUACCUCCCCUCCGGACCUCAACUACCAUGGCAACCAGCUAGUCUGGAGACUGUUGCCGAGGAAACGGCAAGUGAGCUCCUCUCUCCGCGACCUCCGUCUCGGCAGUCUUCCAGACUUACCCCUCGUCUCUCUUCCCCCAUUGUGUCCAUUGACCACACCCCAACUCAGGAAGUGCAGUGGGGACUGGAGGCAGACGUGUCAGCAGGCCUGCUGGGGGCGGGGCUGCGACUGAGGCAGCAGUCUCUGGCAAAGGAUGACCUACGAGGGAGACAGAUGAGCCUCGGAGCAGAGAGCGACACUUCCUCUCUCUACUUCUCUGUCGGGUCUCACUUUGACGAGGGGGAGAAGGAAGUGGAGAGUGGAAGUGGGGGGAAAGAGGGUGGAGUGAAUUCCGGGGAAGAGACAGACACCCCCAACAGAAGACGUCGCCGUGGAAACUAUGCCCCCCCACCUCAGUUGCUAAUGUGGUUGGAGAAGAGUGAGUCAACUGAGGAAGACGUGACGGACCUGCCGUGGCCCUUCAGUGAGAAUUCAUCAGCGGAGCAUUCUGCCAGUGAUCCUCCUCCGCCUCCUUCCAUUAGCGUCAAUGGAAACUUUCAUAACAAGUGAGUGUCUUGCUUAUUGGCAAGCAAAUCAUUCCCGGUGCUCUCGGCUGCACUUUUUAAUCCUUUACACUCUUGCUCGUGCCUUGUUGCCAAAAAUGGGCUACAAUAGUUCUAGGAUCAUUAACUGCCGCAAUUGCUCACAUUUCCGUAUUAGUUGUCAGAGUACAAGUGAUGUCAGUAUUCGGGUUAACCAGGACCUACACUGCUCAGCUACACAUGAACCCAGUGUACCAUCAGUGGCACGAGUUCCAGACAGUUCAUCAGUAGCCAGAGACAAUGAGCCUUCAUCAUCAAACCACCACCACUCACCUUCUGCCACCUGAUUUUUGGCCUCAUCCACACUCACCGUCACUAUAGAUCAUCAGUCAUCAAUUUUUAUUCCAUCAUUGCAUUAUAGAAUAUUAUGUCAAGCCAAAAAAGAUAAUUAUAUUCAUGAUAUUCUGUACAAAAAAGGAAAAAGUUGGGAAAUGAAUGUUUUCAGCUAAUGAGAGGUCAGGGAGCUGCUAGGUAGCUGUCCCUCCGGAAGGCAGGGAGGCAAGCACCUGAAGGGGCUGCAGGCCUCCAAGAGAGCUGCCGAUGCGGUAGAUCGGCAUGCUAACCAACUGCUGGUCGUAGGCCACCGGAAGAACCAUCUGUGGUUGCUGAGCGACCUCUCCUUUCUCCCCGAUCACCAUGACGCGCUGCAUCCCAGUCGAAGGAGCUGCCUGAACGAGUACGACGUCCUGUCUCGCAGCUUGCUGCUGCUGUUCCCCUGAUUCCGGCUCCGUGGGUUCUUGCUGUUUAUGUGUGGACUGCUGCGUGUGCGUGUCUGACUGCUUGCUGCUCUGGACCUGAAGGAGAGCAGGCGGAGUCUUGCUCCUAACCACACCCUCUCUUGUGAGGCAGCUGAUGUCCACUGGCGGCUUAUUCAUGUCAGGCGAGGGAGACACAAUCUUUUUCAUCUCGGCAGGCCUCAAGUGCACCAGUCCGUUCACUACGGUGGGAGUGGAGGGGGAAGGGGAGGGGGAGGAGUGUGAUGUUGUGACUGAGGUGAGGAUGUGAGGAGAGGAUGUGCUGACGAGGGAUGUAGUUGUGAGGGGGUGAGUCGUAGACACCUGUGGCAGUGGGGUGGACUGAGUUCCCAGCUCUUGUGGGCUGGUCAUUACGGUGUACAUGGUGCUGGCGGAGGCUCGACUGCUGUUUGGCUGAAGUAAAGCAGUGGGCAGUAGCUGAGGGGUUCCCUGACUGGCCACAACUGGUCGGUACAUCAGAACAACUGGAGAUUCUUGUGCAUUCUGAGUUGUCGACACCGACAGACAGGGCAGUUUCCUAGCAGCUCGAAUAUCCUCUGCUGGUCGGCGCCGCUUGCCAGCUGUAGCUCCAGACUUGUCACUGGGACCCACCAUUAUCACCUGCUGUGUGUCCUGCGCCCCUGCGAACAGUAACGUCUGUCCGUUCAUCACCUUCUGUGCAUCCUGUGUCUGGAGAACAAAGUUCUUUCCCGCUUGAAUCUCCUGCCUGGGAGCCU